AUGUCCAAGCGCACCAUGAACCAUCCAACUCCGGAUAUCAGCUCCGCUACAACUGCCAACAACCCCAAACCCAAAGGCCAAGGAAAAGCCAAGGACGUCCCGCGCAAAGAACCCCACUUGUGGAGCUUCGAUCAGAAGAAAAAGCUCCUUGAGCUCCUCCUGGAUUACUCGAGGCGUGGUCACGCUACUGACAAUGCCAAUUUGAAGAAGGAUGCUUGGGCUUUGGCUGCCAGCGAUAUGAAUGAAGCCUUUGAUAUCAGCCUUGACCUUAACCACAAGAAAACCUUGGCUAAGUUGAAGCGCCAAUUCGCCUUGGAAACCAAUGAUGACGAUGACAUUGGGGACGCCACUCAACCCUCCCCCAGCCAGCCUGCCUAUAAACGCUCUCGUGACGGAAAGAAUAAUAUAUUGAGUACUGGCAUCCAGGGUCUGAUAUCGGCCAUCGACAAGGCUUCGGAGGGAUCCAAAGACCUAGUGGGGGCAAUGGUGUCCAUGGCUUCACAUGCCAGUCUUCCGCCCCCACUGAUCACCACCCUUCCUCAAGCCUAUCAAAGCAUCGAUACACCUCGCAUCGAUACCCCUCCGGCGCCUCAAAGUCCUUCCGAAUGUGCGCUUGAGAAACUACAGGAUUUAUUUGGCGACGACAUCUCAGAUGACGAUUUUGUCGACUAUGUUCGUAUUGUUGAAGACAACUUGAAGGCGCGAACUUUCCUCAAGUUGGCUCAAACAACCUCGCCUACAGUUGUUCUAAAGUGGCUCUCCAAGGAGGUCCUUGCACGUGGAACACCCUUUUAG